AUGGCGAUACGUCAUAGGAUCAUAUCGCCAGCCACAAGCGGGGGCGCCUGUCACAGCAAAAGGCCAAGGAAUAAUUGCAGCAAAAGUGUAGCACCCGAACCAAAAAAACAAUGGAUUUCACCUGAAUUUGACAAGAACCAAGUCCGAAUUGUUGUCUAUGUUGAUAGUGAUGUGCGUGGAAGGCAGUUGCUCUUUGAUUCAAAAGCCUUUCAUCAGAUGGAUGAAAAUAAUGAGUAUCAUCGUCCAGGAAGUGAUGUUGAUAUUUUGGAAGAAAUGAUAUUUGGAUCUGUGGCAAUGGCUUAUAAAGGAUCUUCUUUGAAGGUGCACAUUCUCAGUGAAGUGGACAGUGAUUCCUAUGCUAGUCUCCCACCUCCAGAUUUAAGCUCUCUUAAAUACAGUAAUUCAAAAGGAAAUAUUGUUACCUCCAGUGAUAGUUACACCAUGUCAUUUCCAUCACCGGGGAGCAGUACUGCCAGCAGCUAUAACAGUCUUCAUCGCCGUUGGAUGCGGGCGCAGAAGACCUCACUGGAAUCACGGGGAAGGAAAGGAUCUCAAGAAGCAGUAGGACCUGAUGGUUUGGAAAUAUUACGCAAUGAUUUGUUUGACCUCUACACAGCCCCUCGCCUCCCUGAGCCUGUUUGGCUCAGUAUGAUGGCUCAUAGCAAUUACAAGUAUGUCCACUGCAAUAAAUUCAUGCAGUUGUUUACAACUCUGGUUGACAAAUUUGAGAAUAAGGACACCCACUUAUCCAGUUUGUCUGAAGCCAGUCGAUCCAGACACCUUUCAUCAGCCAGCACAUUAAAUGGCUACAGAACUGCUGCUUUUUCUUUCUCCCUCCUUCUCUUUCUUUCUCCCUCCUUCUCUUUCUUUCUCCCUCCUUCUCUUUCUUUCUCCCUCCUUCUCUUUCUUUCUCCCUCCUUCUCUUUCUUUCUCCCUCCUUCUCUUUCUUUUCACCCCUUCUCUUUCUUUUCACCCUUUUCUUUCUUUUCCCUUCUCUUUCUUUUCACCCCUUCUCUUUCUUUCUCCCUCCUUCUCUUUCUUUUCACCCCUUCUCUUUCUUUCUCCCUCCUUCUCUUUCUUUUCACCCCUUCUCUUUCUUUCUCCCUCCUUCUCUUUCUUUUCACCCCUUCUCUUUCUUUCUCCCUCCUUCUUUCUUUUUUCACCCCUUCUUUUCUUUCUCCCUCCUUCUCUUUCUUUUCACCCCUUCUCUUUCUUUCUCCCUCCUUCUCUUUCUUUUCACCCCUUCUCUUUCUUUUCACCCCUUCUCUUUCUUUAUAG